AUGACUCCAUUAAAGCCAUGUUAUAAAUUACCAAUCUACUUGAAAGCACAUCCAAAGCUACUGUUUAAAACUUUACGUAUACUAUUGAAGAAUACCUUAAAAACAAAAUGUGCACGAAAAUUUCUUCAUUGUCGACUUCAAUUAUUCGAUCAAAAAUGUCGUCUUGGGCUUCGUCAAAACUUAUGGCAAUCAUAUUUAAAUUUAGGAUCCGAAAAGGAAGUGUGGCCAAAUUCAGUAAUGAAAAUGGCAAAAACCAAUGAACAAAUAGUGUGCGACCAAUUUGUGAAACAACAUCUCAAUGAAAUGAAAAUUAAAUUUGAUCAAUUUACCAAUGAAUUAAGAAUACAAUUGCAAUCAUGUCCAGUAACACUUUUACCGUUAAAGUCCACUCUCGACCAACAUCUUCAAGAAUUUGUUCAAAUGCAACAAAAAUAUUUAGCAACUAAAAUGCAAUAUCAACUCAAUCGAUAUCAAGAUAUGAUUACAGAAAUAGAAUUAUUCCAAACUUUCUCAAGUUUUCCUCUUACAAGCAAUCAGCAAACAAUGAUUGAUCGACUUAUGCAUUUACAAGAAAAACAAGUACUUUUCUAUGAAGAUCUUCAAAAAUUGGAAGCUCGAGUAGCAAUUGAUAUUUUACCUCGAAGUUUCGAUGAAUUAGAAUGGUUCAUUGCAUUUGAUGAUUAUUUUCCUUUAAUUAAAGAUAAUAUUGCUGUUGAAUUUAAACAAAACAGACACAAAACUAUUCAAGAAGCCAAACGUACAUGGUUUAAUACAUAUAUUGAUGCAUAUGAAAGUCAAAUUGCAGAAGUCGAACAUCAAUAUGAAAUGGAAUUACAUCAAUUCGAUUUAACUAAUUCAAGUCAAAGUUGUUUAAAUAAUGGAAUCACAACUCUGUGUCAAUCGUUUCUUAAUUAUAUCAAUCAUAGGAUAAAUAGAAUAAAAGAAGAGAUAGCCUAUGAAAAAAUACCUAUUUAUAAAAAAAAAUUAUUACGUGCUCAGCGACGUUCAAAAUCCACAAACAAAACAGUGACUAUCAAGCCGAAUGUCAUUGUCGAUCUCAUUUAUCAUCCAUUUACUGAUACUCAACUUGCUUAUCUUUCACGAGGUAAAAUUGUUUUAUUUUAUAAAUUUUUACACAUCCACAUACUCGUCAUAUUAUUUUUUUGGUUCAGGACCGACAUACAUACGACCCAAUCCAAGUGUAUUUUUUCCAAAAAAAACUCUACAAAUAUGACUCUCAUACCAUUAAUCGAUCAAAUACGUGCUCUACGAGAAUUAAAACUUGUUCAAUCAAUUCGAAAAAAAUUAAAAAAAUAUAAACUUAUACUCCGUGAAACAGACAAAAGUGGUGUACUACAUAUUGGUCGUGCCAUUGAUUAUGAACGAAAAGCGGCUGAAUAUCGACAAACCACAGGUGCUUAUGAAGAAUUANUAAUACUAAAUUAA